GUUUAAUGCAUCAAAUUUCUACGGUUUUGUUAGUUGUUGGUGUGGUUUAGUCGAUUUAUUGUAUUAUAAGUUGUUUGUAUGGUUUCUAAAAUUUAUGGGGUUCAAACUUUAUUGUGUUCUUUAUCUAAUGAUUUGUAGUAAACUUUAUAGUAUCAAUUAAUGGUAUGUUUUGUAUUAAAUUUUUACAUUAAGUUUUAGUUUGAAGUUUUCAAACUUGUUAAAAAAAUUAUUGUGUUCGUGGAAUUAUGUUCUUCAUUUGUUGCAAAUAUGCAUCUAUAUUUAUAAUUCCAAGGCUUUUAGUAUAUAUUACUAUCAACAUAAUCAAUGCCCCUCCAUUUGGUAUAGGCGCUAUUGAAUAAAACUUUCUUAGUAAAAUUAUGGAAUAUGAAUUUAGAUUCUUGCAUAUAUUGUUUAAUAAAUUAUACUAAGUGUACUUUCAUGCCUUCUUACUUUUCAUAGAUAUAUAUAUAUAUAUCAUGAUGGAAAUCUUUGAAAAUUCUUGCAAUGAGGGUUGCAUGCCCAAGCCCACAAUUCGUAGGAGUGGAAAUCAUCAUCCUAACUUGUGGAGUGAUGAUUUCAUUCAAUCUCUUAGUUCUCCAUAUGGGGAUUCCUCGUACUCUAAGCAUAGGGAAAUCCUAAUCAAUGAGCUUCAUGCUAUAUUUUCUACUCAAAAAGAAGAAUUUAGUCUACUUGAAAGGAUUUCAUUUGUUGAUGUUCUGCAACGCUUGGGAAUCAAUCGAUAUUUUCAAGAGGAAAUCAACAUGGCACUUGACUAUAUCCACAAGUAUUGGAAUCAUAAUAUUAUUGGUGACCUCAACAUGACGGCUCUAGGAUUUCGAAUACUACGAGUCAAUAGAUAUGUUGUUUCCUCAGAUGUUUUUCAAAAGUUCAAAGGUGAAGGAGGACAAUUCUCUGGAUUUGGAUCUAGCCAUGUAGAUGAAAAAUUAGCAAUUAUGUUGAAUUUAUAUAAAGCUUCAGAGUUGGAUUUUCUCGAUGAAAAAAUAUUAAAGGAAGCUAGAGAUUUUGCAUUUUCAUACUUGCAACAAGCUAUGGAGCAAUAUGAUGAUGUAAAAGAAAAGGAAAACCCGCUUCUAAUGGAGAUUGAGUACAGUUUGAAAUAUGCUUGGAGAACUAGGGUUCCGAGAUGGGAGGCUUGGAACUUCAUCCAAAUAUUCAGAAAACAAAGUUGCAAUGGAUCAUUUGUAAAAAAUAUUUAUAAGAUUCCAAACACAUAUAGCCAAAAGCUACUGGAACUAGCAAUAUUGGAUUUCAAUAUUUUACAAGCUCAACAUCAAUCUGAAAUGAAAUUAAUAUCCACAUGGUGGAAACAUUCAAGCGUAAUUCAGCUUGAUUUCUUUCGACAUCGUCACAUUGAAUUUUAUUUUUGGUGGGAUUGCUCAAUAUUUGAACCUGAGUAUAGUACAACAAGAAUUGGUUUGGCAAAAUUUCUUACCACUCUUUCCCUCAUUGAUGAUAUUUAUGACACAUAUGGGACCAUUGAUGAACUGAGACCAUUCACAACAGCAUUAAUAAGAUGGGAUAUUUCCAUGAUUGAUAAUCUUCCAGACUACAUGAAAACUUCUUUUCAAUUUACACAUGAGAUACAUAAGGAAAUUGCAAGUGAAGCUGAAAGAAAGCAUGGUCCGUUUGUUCACAAAUACAUUCAAUCUUGUUGGAAGAGCUAUAUCUCAGCAUAUAUGCAAGAAGCAGAAUGGAUAGCUUCUAAUCAUAAACCAGGUUUUGAUGAAUAUUUAAUUAAUGGAGUGAUAAGUGCUGGCAUGAGAAUUACAAUGAUUUAUGCAUUGUUAUUAACGAAUGCUCCUUUAUCUGAUGAGAUUAUGGAGAAACUUGAUAUCCCAUCAUCAAGGUUGCAAGCUCUUGUGUCAUUGACUACACGACUCUUAGAUGAUAUCAAAGAUUUUGAGGAUGAGAAAGCUCGUGGAGAGACAGCUUCAAGCAUUGAAUGUUAUAUCAAAGAUAACCCAAGCUCUACAACGGAAGAUGCUUUAAAUUAUGUCACAAAUCAUAUUGAGAGUUGUGUACAAGAGUUGAAUCAGGAGUUUCUUAAGCCUUCAGAUAUACCAGAUUAUUGUAGGAAGGUAUAUUUUAAUGGUGGCAUCCGAGGUAUAUUUUUCUUAUUCAAGGAUGUUGAUGGUUUUACAUUUUCUCAUCAAAAGGAGAUACGAGAUGCAAUAACAAAAAUUCUGAUGGAACCAAUCAUGCCAUAGACUAAAAUUUAGACUAUGUAGCAUAACAAGUGUCAUAUACCAAAAAAUGCUACUUAAAAGACUUUGAAUAAAGUAGACUAUGUCUCAUAAUAAUUUGAAUGUGAUUAUUAUAUCGAGCAAGGAUCGGAGUUUUUCUUUA